UACUUGGAGAAUCCUAAUUGAUAUAGGAAUCUCCAUCUAUAUAAACUACCUUGUACACAAUUAUUUCCUUUCAGUUGAAAUCAUAAUUCAAUAUGGUAUCAGAGCCAGGUUGAUCCGUGUCUUCCGUCUAGGUAACGCAAGGAAAAAAAAUCGGCCCUUGCCGAUUGCUCAUUUUCUCACGCCGCCGAUCUCCAUCAAUCGGCCAUGGCUGUUCUCUCCUCUGAUCCCAUGGAUCACGAGAAAGCUACCGCCCCUAGCAAGGAUGAACCGCCGGUUAUGAAACCCAAUCCGGCUUAUGACUCAUGGGUCCUUGUGGAUGCUCAAAUUCGGGCAUGUCUUCUUGCUAUUGUUUCUCCAACCGUUCAGGCGCAUAUUCAUGCUCUUCCAACCUCUGCUGCAAUCUGGAAUCACCUUGAACAAUGGUAUAAUUCUCUUUCACGUACUCAUAUUUUCCAGUUGAAGGAGCGCCUACAUAGCAUUCAAAAGGGCACUGAUUCAAUGCAAACAUACCUGGACACUGUACUCACUAUUGUCUCAUCCCUGAAAUUGGCUCAUGAGGACAUCUCUGAACAAGAUAUUAUCUUGUGUGUGCUUCGUGGCCUCCCUACGGACUACGCCUCGCUCAAACAGAACAUUCGUACUAAUAUUGCAACUGUCACAUUUAAUCAAGUAUCUGCGUGGUUGCUAUCUGAAGAAUUAAAUCUCACCUUUGAGAAGAAACUCCACCUUGGUGACUCUGGCUCUCCCUCGUCAACAUAUCUUCAGCAAGCCUUAUUCACCAAUCCAGGACGGGGUACUGGCCGGGGUCGUGGCCGUGGGCCGUAUCGUGGCCGUGGGCCGUAUCGUGGCCGUGGUGGGCCCUCCCGCGGCAGCAGCUACAGCGGCAGAGGAGGCCGGAUGCCUUCCUACCGUGAUGAUCCGAGAGGUCGCGGUGGUGGGCGUGGGGCUGGCAUCACGUGUCAGUUGUGUGGGAAGACCGGUCAUGCGGUCUGGAAUUGUUGGCACCGCUACGAUGAAUCUUAUUCCGGUCCUCCUCAGGCAUACUACACCAACCAAUCUGCUGAAACCAAUCCGAACUGGCAUCUGGACACCGGAGCAAAUACCCAUGUGACGUCUGACUUUUCUCGACUACAUACUUCUUCACCGUACCAUGGCACCAACUCUAUUACAACUGCGGGAGGUAAUACUUAUCCCAUUGACCAUACUGGCUCAGGUACAUAUGCGUAUGGAAGAUCCGGCACCUCUUGUAGUCUACCAAAUUGUCUUGCAAAACGCAAUGGCAUCACCGGCUCUAUAUAACUUCGGUACAAAAGGAAGGGGUCUUGAAGACUACUCAAGAAGAGGAACGUAACCUGGUGGGCUUUGUCGUCACCUCCAAAUUUGACCGUGACGCAACUAAGGAUUUAAAAUGCAAACAUUGUGGGUUG